AGAGACAGAGAGAGACAGAGAGAGAGAGAGAGAGACCCAGAGACCCGGAACAUCCCGUCCAUGAGAGGUACAGACAUGAGCGCACAGGCUGAAGAGGGAAUCCGAGCCAAGUGCAAGUGCAAGUCGCCCACUUUAUUCUCUUCAUACUGUAUUGAAAGCAUACUGGGAAGAAGUCCUCUGAAAGUCAGACUCCUCGGGAUGCAAAGUCUGACAGCGACACUUCGGACAGAUGAACGCCAAGCUGGGCCAAAUUUGCCUCCUCACACGGACCUGCACCUGCCACCCAAACGGCGCCCGUUCAGUCCGCGGAGAGAAGACGAGCCAGAGCGCGCACAGGGAGACGAACUGGAGCGCGCACAGGGAGACCAGCCGGAGCGCGCACAGGGAGACCAGCCGGAGCGCGCACAAGGAGACCAGCCGGAGCGCGCACAGGGAGACGAACUGAAGCUCAGAGCUGGUCUAAACUCCUGCUACCCGGAACAUGCACUCAUCAGUUCCCUAAAGAGCAGCACUGCUCAGGAUAAAGUAGACGCGCAGAAGAGCAGAGCGCCUGCAGACACGCGUCUCUCCCCGGGACCUGAGGACGGACUGAGAGAGAAAAACACAAGCACGAAGGACAGCGAGGACGGUGUGUAUGUGUCCCCGAGCAGUGAUGCUGAAGACGGGACACUGAGACGCAAACAGAGGAGAUACAGGACUACAUUCACAAGUUACCAGCUGGAUGAACUGGAAAGGGCUUUCCAAAAGACGCACUACCCGGAUGUGUUCACAAGGGAGGAAUUAGCCAUGAGGCUCGAUCUGACGGAAGCGCGCGUGCAAGUCUGGUUCCAGAACCGACGUGCGAAAUGGAGAAAAAGAGAGAAGGCUGGGGUUCAACCUCACCGCCUAGGCCUUCCAUUUCCUGGACCCAUCACUGCAGCACAGCCUCUAUGCCAUUAUCUGGGUGGGGGUGCAUUUAGCCCCAGCCUUCACCCAGGCAUCGAGUCAGGGUGGCCUGUGUCCCUCCAUGGAUUCACCCAGCCCAUCCCAAACCCUGCACCCCCAACCCGAAUCUGCUCUCUGCUUGGAGCUGCAAUGCUCAGACACCCUGCCCUUAUCAGCCCCUCCUUUGGAAGAUUCUUCACUCCACUGGCACUUCAAAGACUGCCUGUAACCACCACAGAGAAUCCAAUUCUGCCUCCCCUUCACAUCCCUGAUCCUCCUUCCUCAUCUUCAUCCACACUGUGUUCCUCUUCCUCGCCCGUGGAUCGCCGUGCAUCCAGCAUCGCGGCUCUGCGGCUCAAAGCCAAGGAGCACUCGGCUCACAUCGGCCAGCUCAGUGCCCUCACAGCUAGUACAGCUGAAAAAGAGGCCUAAUGCCUCGCUCCCUACACCCAAGACAUGAGACCAAAGCUAAAAUGCACUACGGCAUGAAGAAUCCCUUUGGAACCUCACAAUCCCCGAACCAACCUCUAUAGCUACUGAAGCUUCAAAAUGGCUUUAACUGAUGGAAGCAAUGCCAAAGGGACUGGUCAGCAACCAGAGAUCUGUGUAUUUCACAAUUAAUUCAAAUUGUGCAUUUGUUGUAUUGAUAGACAGAAUAUAUGUGGGAAAAGAAAAAGCUUUAAUGAAUAGCUUUAAAGUCUUCUUGUGUGAUUAAAAAACUUUUAUAUGUGCUUUUUUAAAUCUUGUGAGCCAGAAACUUAGUUCAGGGAAGAACAAACCUGCACUUCAAUAUUCAACUGCUGAAUGAGCCAAAAAUAUGUGAAAAUUAUGAAAAUAAAACUGUGAAGUGAAGUGAUGUGCCGUCUUACAAUUUAAACUGAUUAAAACAGGCACAGGAGAAGGCCAGAUAUGCCAAAACCCAUACUUCUGUACCUUUAAUUGCUUUAAAAACCUUUUUUUUUUUUAAAAAAAAUAUACCUAACCAGGGAAUCAGUAAAAGCAUUAAACCCUCAUGGUGUAAGAAGUCUUAUUCUGCAGGUUUAAAGCUUUUUAAGAAAGCAUGAUGGUAUUUAUGAUGACGUUAUAUGCAUGUUGAAUCCCAGGAUUUUGGGCCUCAGCACCUCCACUGACAUCGUUGUAGUCUAAAUUUGUUUCAGCACCAUUCACACACAUUAAGAAGCUUAUUUUGUUCUCCGGUGUUGCUUUGUCCCUUUCAAAAGGUGGAUAUCGGAAUGAAUGGCCCUUGCUCGUAAGCCUGGACUUCUUCCAACCAACGUAAUUCUUCCACACUUAAGUCAUCAUCCAAUUAGUUCGGUGUAUAAAGUGAUUUGUCAUCUCAUAGAUUUCAGUUCAGAGGACAAGAGAAGCAUUUUGUCAAGAGAAGCGGAUUUCUAUCACUAACUACCUUCUUUUACACCGCACCAUUCUACAAUGCAAUGAAUAAUAGGAACUGAUAAAUACUAAUUCCCUAUGAAAAGAGGUCUUACACAAUCUUUUGUCCCACACACUAUUCAGGGUAGGGCUCAUGAAAAGGUGCAGGGAUUAACAUAAUCAAAUGAAUCUAACUAAUCUAUUUGGGUGAUCAACUUAAAGCUCUCUGGAAAUGGACAUUUUCUGUGCCGGGAUAUUGUGGGUGAGAAAGGAGCUGAUGAGUUAUGGUGGGGAGUGAAGGUAUUACAGCUCAGCGCAGGUGUCUCUCUCUGUUUAAGGCUCUGUACACAAUGGUACACAAUGAGCACAAUGGAGUGUAACGGCUUAAAGAUCCGAGAUGCAGAGAAGUUUCGAUGAUCUGAGCAAUGUGGAGGCUUGAGAGAAGAAUUUAUAUUUUUUUCUCUGAUCUGUGGUAGAAAUUUACACUGUAUAGAAUUCAGAUAACAUAGUGACCUGGCUGAAAAAGUUGUAAAGCUCAUUAAAAGAGAGUAUAGGUACUUAAUUUGUGGAGGAUUGCUGACUUGUCCUAGGUUAUGUAAUAAAGGUGUUUAUGCAUCUAUGACUACAGUGACUGGAAAUAAAUUAACUAAUUAAUGCGGUAGGCGUGGAAAUCAAAAUCAGUAACCCUAACACAACUGCAGGACGUAGUGGUUAAUAAUGUAAUAUAACAACAUGUCAUAAAAAAUAAAUUACAAACAAGGAAGGAAUGGCUUUAUGUGGAUAAAAUGAUCUCAGACAAGAUUUUUUUUAUUCUUAUGACCAGAAACAUCAGGAUUAGUUAAUGUAGCUUUACAAAGAGAAAGAUUGAUUAAAUUAGCAGUUAUGAAUGAGUUUGAAGAAGAUAAAUAGUAAAGAAAAAACAGAAAAUGAGUGAGAGUCAUUACCUUUUGGGACCAAGGACAAGAAAAAUAACA